AGCCGUUCAUUUUUUUUUUCUUUCCUUUGCCUUUUACCCUUUUUGUCACCUGAAUAUUUUUGGCUUUAUCCAACUGAUGGGUCCAAAUCUGUAAUCAGUUUUUGAUACUCCAUUUUCAUCUUCUUAAUUUCGUUAAGGGCUAAGAGCCUGAAGAUUGUAUUGUUUUUCUUUUAUUCGUUUUCAGUUUUGUUCUUUCUUGUGCAAUUUCUUUGAGGAUGGCUUGCUUGUUUUCUCGUACGGGAAGGGACAUGCAGCGAUAUGACGACCUCGGACGCCGACAAGUUGUCGGGUGCAUUCCCUACAGAUUCAAAUGCAGCAGUGAUGGAACCAUUAGUAAUGACAUGGAGGUUCUUGUAAUCUCCUCACAGAAAUGUCAAAAAAUGAUGUUUCCUAAGGGUGGUUGGGAGCUUGAUGAAUCUAUGGAAGAAGCUGUUUUAAGAGAAUCACUUGAAGAAGCUGGUGUUCUAGGCAAUGUUGAGUGUGAAUUGGGCAAAUGGGACUUUCUAAGCAAAAGCCAAGGCACAUGUUAUGAAGGUUACAUGUUUCCUUUGCUUGUGAAGGAGGAACUUGACUUCUGGCCUGAGCAGAACGUGCGCCAAAGAACAUGGAUGAAUGUGAAAGAAGCCAGGGAUGUGUGCCAGCAUUGGUGGAUGAAGGAAGCAUUAGACAUACUGGUCGAACGACUAGCCUCACUGCAGCAGCAGACGGAACAAAAUAUCUCAGUUUGUUCUCUGAUUUAGCAGUGAAGAUUCAUAGUUUGUAAAUAGGGCAUUUCCAGGAUCUUCAGCUUUCAUCUUUGUUCAAAAGCAAUGGUUAGAACCAACUGUGUUGACUCCCAGGAAGACAGUCGAGGCUGGUAGAUGUUGGGAAUAAAUAACUGUAAAUUCAUACGAGAAAUUAAUGAAUAAAAAAAAAGAAAACUAGGUGAAGAGAUCUUACGUCCAAGUUGUAUAUCCAUGCCCAUCAUAACAUGUAGAAUUACUUGUGACCAAGUGGCCACGAUUGAACUACAAAACAAAAAUU